UCCCGCUGAGCCCGCAGCAGCCGGCAGCAAGGAAGUGCGGGCGCGGGGCCGCCGCCGGCGCGCCCGGAGCGGCGCGGGGCGCACCCCGUGAGGAGCGCCGGAUCCCGGGGCCGGAGGCACGCAGGAAUUUUUCAAAUAGAAACUAAUUGCAGAGUUUCCGGUUGACCAGGCAUUCAUAGGAAUGAAGACAAUCACAGAGAUGGUGUGUCUAAGAAAUUUCAAAAGGUGUAGGCCUCCUGACUGAAGCACAGUCAACUUAUUGGAUUCAUUUUUUUUCAUUAUAUUUCUGUCCUCCUACAAGGGAAAGUCAUGAUUACACUAACAGAGCUAAAAUGUUUAGCAGACGCCCAGUCGUCUUAUCACAUCCUAAAACCGUGGUGGGACGUCUUUUGGUAUUACAUCACCCUGAUCAUGCUGCUGGUGGCCGUGCUGGCUGGAGCCCUCCAGCUCACACAGAGCAGGGUUCUGUGCUGUCUUCCGUGUAAGGUGGAAUUCGACAAUCACUGCGCCGUGCCUUGGGACGUCCUGAAAGCCAGCGUGAACACGUCCUCCGAUCCCGGGACGCCGCUUCCUCUCCCCCUCAGAAUCCAGAACGACCUCCACCGACAGCAGUACUCCUACAUCGACGCCGUGUGUUAUGAGAAGCAGCUCCACUGGUUUGCAAAGUUCUUUCCCUACCUGGUGCUCUUGCACACGCUCAUCUUUGCAGCCUGCAGCAACUUUUGGCUGAACUACCCCAGUACCAGUUCCAGGCUCGAGCAUUUUGUGGCCAUCCUUCACAAGUGCUUCGAUUCUCCGUGGACCACCCGUGCCCUGUCAGAGACGGUGGCUGAGCAGUCAGUGAGGCCCCUGACGCUCUCCAAGUCCAAGGUUUUGCUUUCUCCCUCAGGGUGCUCAGCUGAUGUUGAUUGCAACAAGCAGUCAUUGCCCUACCCGCAGCCUGGCUUAGAGUCAGCUGGCAUAGAAAGCCCAACUUCUAGCGUCCUGGACAAGAAGGAGGGCGAACAGGCCAAAGCCAUCUUUGAAAAAGUGAAAAGGUUCCGCAUGCACGUGGAACAGAAGGAUAUCAUUUAUAGAGUGUAUCUGAAGCAGAUAAUAGUCAAAGUCAUUUUGUUUGUCCUCAUCAUAACUUACGUUCCGUAUUUUUUAACCUACAUUACUCUUGAAAUUGACUGUUCAGUGGAUGUGCAGGCUUUUACUGGAUAUAAGCGCUACCAGUGUGUCUACUCCUUGGCAGAAAUAUUUAAGGUCCUGGCUUCAUUUUAUGUCAUCUUGGUUAUACUUUAUGGUCUUACCUCCUCCUACAGCUUGUGGUGGAUGCUGCGGAGUUCUCUGAAGCAAUAUUCUUUUGAGGCGCUGAGAGAAAAAAGCAACUACAGUGACAUCCCAGAUGUCAAGAAUGACUUCGCCUUCAUUCUCCAUCUGGCUGAUCAGUAUGAUCCUCUUUACUCCAAACGCUUCUCCAUAUUCCUGUCGGAGGUCAGUGAGAACAAACUGAAACAGAUCAACCUCAACAACGAAUGGACGGUCGAGAAACUGAAAAGUAAGCUUGUGAAAAAUUCCCAGGACAAGAUAGAACUGCAUCUUUUCAUGCUAAACGGUCUUCCAGACAAUGUCUUUGAGCUGACAGAAAUUGAAGUGCUAAGCCUGGAGCUGAUCCCUGAGGUCAAGCUGCCUUCUGCAGUCUCGCAGCUGGUCAACCUCAAGGAGCUCCACGUGUACCAUUCGUCUCUGGUGGUCGACCAUCCUGCCCUGGCCUUUCUAGAGGAGAAUUUAAAAAUCCUCCGCCUGAAAUUUACUGAAAUGGGGAAAAUUCCACGCUGGGUAUUUCAUCUGAAGAAUCUCAAGGAACUUUACCUCUCAGGCUGUGUUCUACCUGAGCAGGUGAGUACCAUGCAGUUGGAGGGCUUUCAGGACUUGAAAAACCUGAGGACCCUCUACUUGAAGAGCAGCAUCUCCCGGAUCCCACAAGUCAUUACAGACCUCCUGCCUUCGCUGCAGAAGUUGUCCCUCGAUAACGAGGGGAGCAAGCUGGUUGUAUUGAACAACUUGAAAAAGAUGGUCAAUCUGAAAAGCCUGGAGCUGAUCAGCUGCGACCUGGAACGCAUUCCGCACUCCAUUUUCAGUCUGAACAAUUUGCAUGAGUUAAACCUCAAAGAAAAUAACCUUAAAACUGUGGAAGAGAUCAUUAGCUUUCAGCAUCUCCAGAAUCUUUCCUGCUUAAAGUUGUGGCACAAUAACAUCGCUUAUAUUCCGGCCCAGAUUGGGGCAUUAUCUAAUCUAGAGCAGCUCUCUUUGGACCAUAAUAACAUUGAGAAUCUGCCCCUGCAGCUUUUCCUAUGCACCAAACUACAUUAUUUGGAUCUAAGCUGUAACCACCUGACCUUCAUUCCAGAAGAAAUCCAGUACCUGAGUAAUUUGCAGUACUUUGCUGUGACCAACAACAACAUUGAGAUGCUACCAGAUGGGCUGUUUCAGUGCAAAAAGCUGCAGUGUUUACUUUUGGGGAAAAAUAGCCUGAUGAGCUUGUCCCCUCAUGUGGGUGAGCUGACGAACCUUACUCACCUGGAGCUCAUUGGUAAUUACCUGGAAACACUUCCUCCUGAGCUGGAAGGAUGUCAGUCCCUCAAACGGAGCUGUCUGAUUGUCGAGGAGAAUUUGCUCAGUACUCUUCCUCCCCCUGUAACAGAACGUUUGCAGACAUGCUUAGAUAAAUGUUGACCUAAAGAGGAAAAUAAUUUUUGAAAAGUACACUCCAGGGCUUUAUCUGAGAACUCAAUUUUCCUAAGUUAUAAAGAUGAACAAUGGAUAAUUAUGACUAACUAUAACCAAAUGUCUUAUUAAAGCAACUCAGUGUCUAUCCCUAAAUUAAACAGGUAAAAAGUAUUAACACUGAACUAAAAGUUUUGUGAAUAAUUGAUCUUUAACUUAUGGAAAUAUAAGAAGUAUGCUUGGAGGGUGGAAUGGGGACAUGAAAUUAUUGAAUCUCUACGUUGCAGUUUGUAUCUUUUGAAGAUUAGGUAUUACUUAUUUGCAUACUUGUUUUAACUGACUUCCUGUUUUGAUAUUUAUCACCUAGACCAUAAAGUCAUCAACAUAAAUUGCCUUGAUGUACACUGAGCACUGUCUUUGAUUUAUGGUCUUAAAUAUUUUUAGGCAGGGUACAUUGUGCUAGGCAGAAUUCCUUCUGGCUUAAUUUUUACUUCCUGUCCCAGCUUGUUUUGAGUCUUCCUCCAUCUGAUUUUCUCUUGACAACAAUGAUGAACCCUGAGAAAGUGCCUGCCUUUGGCCUUUGCAUAGAACAGGAGCAGGGUUCUUAGGACAUGUCACCCUCGGGGCAUCCUAAAAAUUAAUGUAUACUCAAAUUUUUUCUUGUAUAUCAUCAAAGCCUUUUUUAUUUGCUAAUGAUUUUUAUAUUAAAUGUAAAACAUACAAAUAUUUUUUAUUGUAUAAUCUUGGAUUCAAAAUCUGUGAGAAUAAUUUUUGUAAGGUACAGAGAACACAUCCUUUUCUUUAAGAAUUUACUGUUAAUAUACUUGGUUUUGGCUGCUUAUGAUUCUCAUAUUUGUGCACAUUCUGUUCCAAAAUGUUUUUGUACUCUGCAACUAAUUACUUUUGGAUAACAAAAGCCUUGUGUUUCAUGCCCUAAAAUAUUUGGGGGGUUUCCUUGUAAGAGGAUGGCCACAUCAUCUACCUCUCUCUUCCCUAGUGCUGUGCUAUUGUACGGGUACAAUUCUUAAUUACUUCAAAAACUGUGAUGGAGGGGAGAGGUGCAGAUUUGGAUCUUUAAAACUGAUUUUAAAGCGUUCUGUGGAAAUUAAGUAAGAGUUAAGCAAAAUACUUUCUUCUCCAUCUGCAUGAUCUCUAGAUAGGAUUAUAAUGUAAAACACUCAGCUUAAAAUUCAGUGCUUAAAAUGAGUUCUCAAAGCUCACAAAGAAACAGAUCUGGUUAACAAAUCCAUCUCAUGCCUU